AUCUCCCGUCAAAAUGUUUGAGGCCAAGCUCGCCAACGCCGGACUCCUUAAGAAGAUCGUCGAAUCGAUCAAGGAUCUCGUCACCGAUGCUCCAUUCGAUUGCUCCGAGACGGCGAUGAGCCUUCAGGCUAUGGACUCGUCUCACGUCGCGUUGGUUUCGCUCAAGUUGGAGGUCGGCCUUUUCGACACAUAUCGCUGCGAUCGGACCAUCAACCUCGGACUUUCGUUGGCUAAUAUGUCGAAGGCGCUCAAGUGCGCCAACAACGACGAUACCUGCAUGCUGAAGUAUGAGGAAAACGAAGGCGACUCGAUCAUCUUCACAUUCGCCGAUCCAAAGCGUGACAAGACCCAAGACGUGACAGUCAAAAUGAUGGACAUUGACAGCGAACAUCUCGGGAUCCCGGAUCAAGACUACGCCGUCGUUUGUGAGAUGCCUGCCGGCGAGUUCCAGAAGACUUGCAAGGAUCUGUCGACGUUCUCCGACUCGUUGAACAUCACCGCCACCAAGGCUGGCAUCGUGUUCACCGGAAAGGGAGACAUCGGAUCUUCUGUCGUCACCUACUCCCCAUCUUCCAACACUGACGAUGAGACUGAGGCUGUAACACUGGAGGUCAAGGAUCCGGUUAAUGUGAACUUCUCGAUCAAGUACAUGAAUCAGUUCACCAAGGCGACGGCACUUUCCGACAGAGUUCGUCUCUCUCUGUGCAACGAUGUUCCGGUCGUUGUCGAGUAUCCGAUCGAGGAGAAUGGAUAUCUUCGCUUCUACUUGGCUCCAAAGAUUGACGACGACGAGAAUAUGGACUAAAUUUCCCCUCAAUUUCCGUUAAAUUACUCAUGAUCUCUCCCUCUCUCCCGCUAAUUUUCACCUAAUUUUUUGGUAUAUUUCUAAUACUUGUGCUAUACCUCUAAUUUUUUUCUCACUUUCUGCUUUCUGAAUCGCACUACUCCCCGAACUCUUUUGAAGAAUUUUGACAAAUGAAUUUAACUUGGG